AUGGAGGCUUACUGUGUAGGACUUGAGCAAUUGCUUGUUCAACUGGCGACUGCUACUGAUACAGAAUCAAUAAGAACGGCCACAAAUACGCUUAGCAGACAAUACUUUAACAAUAAAAACUGUGUACCCGCUUUAAUUGAAAUUAUUACCAAAUCAACGCAAUCGCAGGUACGACAACUUGCAGCAGUCGAAGCACGAAAACGCGUCUCAAAAUGGUGGUCGAAAAUCGAUCAGAAUACUCAGACUUUGAUGAAAAAUCAUUUACUUGAAGUAAUAUUACGAGAACCAGAACGUCUCGUAAAUCACGCAACAGCCCGCGUUAUCUCCAGUAUCGCAAAAGUGGAGUUACCGGCUGGCACUUGGAACGAAUUACCACAAUUUUUGUAUGAUUGUUGUAAGAGCUCUAAUUCUGGUCAACGAGAGGUUGGGAUCUAUGUUUUGUACACCCUAUUUGACACGAUAACCGAUGUUUUCUCCGAGCAUAAGCAGCUAUUUGAAUUGUUUAGCGUGACAAUCAAUGAUCCCGAAAGUAAAGUCGUCCGUGUCACAACUUUGCAGGCGCUUGGUAAAGUUGCAGAAUCAAUUGACAACGAUCAAGAGGAAGAAGUUCAACUGUUUAGACAACUUAUCCCGUCGAUGGUCAAUGUGCUUCAACAAUGUUUAACGGAAAAUGAUGAAAAUUCCGCGACUGAAUGUUUCGAAGUUUUUGAAGCUUUGCUAACGCUGGAAGCACCAUUACUAUCAAAUCACAUACCGCAGCUCAUCGAGUUCUUUCUGAAUACCGCGCAAAACAAAGAACUCGAUGACUCGUUGCGUAUAAUGGCUUUGCAAUUUCUAAUAUGGGCAACUGUCUAUAAAAAGACUAAAAUCCAACGACUGAAACUUCUUGCCUUCCGCGUGAUUAAUACCCUUUCAACAAACUUACCUCCAGCACAAGUAUUCCCCUUUGUAAUAAAUCAUGUGGUCGGGUAUAUGCAGCAACCUGAUCCUAAUUAUCGGAAAGCUGCAAUGAUGGCAUUAGCGGUGUUAAUUGAAGGAUGUGCCGAUUAUAUUCGCCCUAAAUUCAAUGAUUUACUACUAGUAGUAAGUGCCGGGCUCCAAGACCCAGAAACUAUCGUACGAAGAGCUGCGUGUAUUGCACUAGGAUGUUUUGCUGAGGAACUCGACGAAGAAAUCGCGGCAAACCAUGCAACACUCCUGCCUCUCGUCUUCUCCCUAAUAAACGAUCCAAGUCCCGAUAUUCCAAAACAUGCAUGCAAUGCUUUAGACGCGAUUCUCGAAGGACUUGGUGACGAGAUUGUGCAGUAUUUGCCGUUGCUGAUGGAGAAACUUUUGAUUAUUUUGGAUCAAGGUGCAGAUGAAGUGAAAGCGACGGUGACUGCUGCUAUUGGAAGUGCGGCACAUGCCGCUGGAGAGGAAUUUAAACCGUAUUUUGACGAAGUGGUAAAAAGACUAUAUGUCUUGAUGACGAUAAAUCAAGGCACUGAAGGAUUAUUGUUACGAGGUGUUGCUACCGAUACUGUUGGUGCUGUGGCGGAAGCAGUUGGAAAAGAAGUAUUUAAAACGCAUGUUCAUGAAAUUAUGAAAUUGGCAAUCGACGGAAUGCAAUUAGAUUCUGCGCGACUUCGUGAAUGUAGUUACUGCCUAUUUGCCGUAAUGGCUCGUGUAUUCCAGGACGAAUUUGCGCCUUAUCUUGAGGCUGUAAUGCCACAAUUAAUAAAAAGUUGCCAAAUUGAAGAGAAAGAUUUAUUUAGUAUUAAUGAAAACCAAUUAGAAGAAGAAGCAGAGGUUGACGAAGACAUUAACGAAGAUGAUUUCGCUGUUAACUCUGCCGUAGUCGACGAAAAAGAAAUUGCCGCCGACGCGAUUGGUGAAAUCUUUCAACACACCCGAGGACAUUUUCUGCCAUAUGUAGAGCUAUGUGUUGUGGAACUCAAAAAAUUGUCGAAUCAUUAUUCGGAGGGCGUUAGAAAGGCAGUCACGUGUUCGUUGUUUAGCUUUUUGUCAACGUUUUAUUCAAUGUCCGAUCCGGCAGAAUGGCAGCCCGGAUUACCUCUAAAAGUGCCAAUACAUAAUAAUGUCACUCAUAUGAUUAAAGCUGUCAUGCCAGAUAUUUUGCUUGUGUGGGAGGACGAGGAAAGCAAGUAA